AUGUCCAGAGUUGAACCUAAAAAGCCGUCCGUUUGUACAUCGGGCCCUCUGAACAUCCAAUCUGUGAGGGAGUCGCUCAGUGUUUUGCAUGGAGUUAUUAUAUCAUGUUAUGGCCCAUUUGGCAGAAUCAAACAAAUCCAUAAUGGCACCGGCGGCUGUGUUCUUACUACGUCACAGUCCUCUGCCUUAUUCAAUGGCUUUUCUGUCAGCAAACCAGUAGCAAAGCUGCUUGUAGCUUCCGUAAGGAAUCAUAUAUCGUGUUUCGGCGAUUCCGGCCUUUUUGCAGCCAACCUAUGUUGCCACUUGGUCGAUCGCUCUUUCAAUCUUAACAUCGCACGGCACACAGUAAUUAACAUAAGCAGGAGCCUUUUGAAUACUUGCAUCUGUUAUCUGAGUUCUGACGACUGUGCGUGUAAAAUAAAAGUCGAUUUUGAUAGCAGCAAGCCAUUGCUGUGCUUAAUACGUUCUGUGGUUUCUAGCAAGCCGGCUUGUAUGCUGACUACUCAAGAAGCAGACUACCUCAGCACAUUAAUUCUCAAAGCCUUUAUCUGUACCAUUCCGGAUAAGCCAGGGCCCAAUAUUGUUUUAGGGAAAAGUGUUGUUGUACCCAUUGAAGGUUGCAGUGUAUUAGAAUCUUCUGUGGUGUCUGGCCUUCUCAUUGAAAUGCCUGAGUUUUGUUGGAGCAGAUCUGUACCUUCCAGUGGAUUACCAUCUAUAGACAUUAAACUCGCCUUGUUUUCCAUCUCACUGUCUGGAGACUUGGGUGAUACAGGAGAAGGGACUCUGAGCUUACUCCGUGGUGUUGACACAGAAAGAGUUAUGCUGGAGCAGCUAUUGAUCCUUGGGAGAAAAUUAGUCGAUGAUCGUAUCAACUUUCUGUUGUGCCAAAAAGUUAUCCAUCCAUCCUUGAAGCAAUACCUUAAAGAGCACGGCGUGGUUGUUGUGGAUAGAUUAGGUGCAGCUUUAAUGGAAUCCAUGAGUCAGAUGACAGGUGCACAGCCUAUAGCUUCUCUUGGUUCCAUCCCCUACACUUGCUAUGGCAGCCUGCAAGGCCUUCAGAAACUGUCUAUAGGGUCCAAGCUUUAUAUGCACCUUAUUCCCACUGGCAGCUCCGUGUGCAGCUUUGUCCUUUGUAAUCGAAGUGAGACGUCAUUAAAGGAGCUUACGCGGACCUGCGAGGCAGCAGAACGUGUAUUGCAGCUCACUCUGAAGAACCCAUGGGUGUUGCUUGGUGGUGGCUGCACAGAAACACACUUGGCAGCAAUGCUGAGAUACAAGAGUGCCCAUGUGCCCAGCAGUUGCCUGACACAGCUGAACUGCACAGCAGCAGAGUACCAGCAGGUGACAAAUGGCUUCUGCAUCUCAUUGGAAUCCGUAGCUCGAAAUCUGGAACACGACGGAGGAGAAAUGUUCAUUGAUUUACAGAGGGGUCAUUGCUGGUCUGCAGCUCCUGAUAGUGCUGUGGAUUUCCUUCGCUCAGAUAGUGGGCAGCAAUGCGGCUGUGGAAUGCACAGAAAAAGAGAAGGUUUCAAGUGGAAUGCUCUGGGAAGUUGGUACGAACCAUUCUGUCCUCGGGGGAGCACAGAGACACACUCCUACCCAAAGGCGGACAAGCUUGUUUUUGACUGUUUUGCUGCAAAAUGUAACGCCUUACAAGUGGCUGUUAAUACUGCCAGUUUAAUUUUGGACCUUUCAUAUGUAAUUGAAGACCAUAAUUAAGUACCAAUUUCUUAAAUAUGUGUAUUAAGAUUGAUUGAUAAAGCACACCUUGCUGAAGAAGUGUUUUUACAGUGGAUGCCUCAAAUUACCUUAAAUCAUUUUUCUUCUGAUUAAAACUUAAAUGUUGUGAGUUGGGGUAAAUAUAUUCUAGUAACUAAACUAUUUUUUUUUUCCCAUAGUUCUUUUAAAGCAAAUAAUUCUCAUUGUUAAAAACGAUUUCCUUUUUCUCUGUUAUAAUAAAACAGCAGCUUGUACUUGAUCCCAACUAAGAUAUAAUUAAUCCUUAUUGGAAGCAAAACCAGCCUAUUGGGUUUAUUUAAUGCUUAGAAAGGUUAAUUUAUUACCAGAACCUUUUUCUCAGUAAUAAUAAGACAUUACCUGGUACUUGAUGGCGACUAAGCUGCAUAAAGACAUGAUGGUGGCAAAACUAUCCUGUAUUUAAAUAACCCAAAUUAGACUUGACAAUGCCAUUUUAAUUAAAGAUGCAAAUAAAUAUUAAUAAAUUA